GAGGGACCGGAAAAGACGUGGGUCCUUUCACGCACGAUGUGGGGAGGCAGCAAGCUAAGCUGCUCGGGGAAUCGUUUUUUAGGAGUGGUUCUACCCAGGUGCCGGGGCACACAGACUGAGAGUACUCGUUUAGUCACGUCAGCAGUUUAUUCAGAGAAUCAGUUCAGUUGGACUCCACAGACUAAACCAUGGGUUUUCAGUGAAUACAGAAUCAUGUGGUUCAAAUCCUAUAGAAUGACUUUUGCCUGCUUGAAUAGAAUAAAAAUUUACAGGUACCCUUGGACAAGACUGUACAGUACUUCUCGGACCACUGUAGACAGCAGUGAGGUAAAAACAUUCCUGGCCCUGGCUCACAGGUGGUGGGAUGAACAAGGAAUAUAUGCACCUCUUCAUUCUAUGAAUGACCUGAGGGUGCCAUUUAUUAGAGACAAUCUUUUAAAAACAGUUGCUGAUCACCAGCCAGGCAAACCUUUGUCUGGGAUGAAGAUUCUUGAUGUUGGCUGUGGUGGUGGAUUAUUAACUGAACCUCUAGGGCGGCUUGGAGCUUCAGUUACUGGAAUCGAUCCUGUGGAUGAGAACAUUAAGACAGCACAGCACCAUAAAUCAUUUGAUCCAAUCCUAGAUAAGAGAAUAGAGUACAGAGCAUGUUCCCUGGAAGAGAUUGUGGAAGAGACAACAGAAGCAUUUGAUGCUGUUGUAGCUUCUGAAGUUGUAGAGCAUGUGAUUGAUCUAGAAACAUUUAUACAGUGCUGCUGUCAAGUGUUAAAACCUGGUGGUUCUUUAUUCAUUACCACAAUCAACAAAACACAGCUGUCCUAUGCCUUGGGAAUUGUUUUUGCAGAGCAAAUUGCAGGUAUUGUGCCAAAAGGUACUCAUACAUGGGAGAAGUUUGUAUCACCUGAAAAGCUAGAGAGCAUUCUGGAAUCAAAUGGUCUGUCAGUUCAAAGUGUGGCAGGAAUGCUCUACAACCCAUUCUCAGGUUACUGGCAUUGGAGUGAAAACACCAGUCUUAACUAUGCAGCUCAUGCUGUGAAAUGCGGGGUACAGGAUCACCCAGUGCCUGAUGAGUUUGUUUUCAAGGGGGAAACAGAGGAGCUUAGAGGCCAAGACUCCACCAACGCAGGUGCUCAGGAGGAGUUGAAGAAAUGAAUGGUUUCUAAGUUCUGCAUGCUAUGGCUUGAAAGUCUGGUGUUCACAUUUGGAAAAAAUACAUAAUUUCUCUUUUGUGAGAGGAUCAUGAAGAAAAGAAAGUCCAUAAAAAGGGCUAACCUUGGAUAAAAGUUUUUGUUGUUUCAUCUACUAGCUACUUUCAAGGGAUUAUUUUAUGAUAUAGGGUAAAAAAAAAAAAAAAGUUUUGUCAAGGGAUUGUAUAAUCUAGGCGUUUAAAUUCCUCAGCCUUGGUUAUAUAAAUAGAAUGUGCAUAUUUUACUUCAUUUUACAAAUUAUAUAUGCUCAUCCAGCAUAUAU